GUUCAAAAACAAAAGCAAAAGAAGACCAAAACAAAACAUCAUCACAAUACAACACAGAAAUAAGAAAUAAUGACUGAUUACGACGUUGACCAUCAUUCUAGAAACGGAGAAGACGAACGGAGCAUAAAAGUUUGCCAGGGUUUGACGGAGGACCAACGUCGAGAAAUUCGAAAGCGCCAGCGACUUCUUCGCAAAGAAAUCGACGAUCUUGAUGUUGAUCAAGCACGUGAUAAGAACAAUGAAAUUUUCAAACAAGUCAAAUACGUUCGAGAGUGUGUUCUUGACUCUGAAAAUGUCGAAGAAAUUACCAAGAAGUUCGGCAAUAAGAUUGAUCAGCUGAUUCAGGUGAGCUUUGUUUAGUUCAUUGCAGCGAAGUGUGAAACGCCUUUAUACCCUGUACUUACCCCACACCGCGUGUUGUUUGUAGAUCCCUCGCUAUGACGCGGAUAGGGUUGUUAGUAUGUUAGUGAAAAAAUGUGGGAUCACUAGAGGAGGUUACUCGUAUUUCGACUGGAGAGGAUUGGGUGACCAAGUAGGAGUUUGUUUCAACGCGAUUCCUUCUCAAGUCAGCUUUUUGAAUGGACCACUUGUUGAUGGAAAAGAAGUGAAAGUUAAGCAAAGAGCCAAGCGAGUUCGUAGCACGCAACCAGAAAGUGAUGCAGAAGAAGAACGACCUGAAGACAUCAAGGGCCACACAGCACGCGGUAAAAACCAACUGAGCGCUGUCAAGGAGAACAUACAAAACGUGGAGAGAGCCCUUGUAAAGAAGGUCGAUUCUACUUAUCGUGCUAGAAGUAGGUCAUUGACUGAAACGUAUGGUGGAAAAGAUGAUUCUUCCGGGAAAAUUAAAAAAAUGACGAGACUCAAGAAGAAGAUUAAACGGCACAGAGAUGUGAAUGCCAUCGAGCUAUUGUUCAACCCAAACUCCUUCACACAAACGGUAGAGAAUCUCUAUCACUACUCUUUUUUGGUGAAAGAAGGGAAAGCCUCACUUGAUGUCCGUCAAAACAAAGUGUUAGACGAGGAGAGUGGAUUGAAAAUUGACGGCGGUCCGGUUGUCAAAUACGUUCGUGACAAAAAUCCUCCACCCCCUCCCCGCCAGGCGAUUGUAAAUUUGACCAUGGAAGACUGGAAAAAUUUGUGCGAGGCAUACGAAGUAACAUCGUCUUGUGUACCUCAUCGGGAAGGAUGAGAAAAGAGCCUAAACGGUGAACUAGACCAGUGAGUAAAUGAUGAGACAGUCUAGAUCGGUAUGCCUGGUGCACAGCAUCGUUUACGAAGUAUAGUCGUCUCGUGUGCCUCAUCUGGUUCAACAAGAAUUGAACCUAAAGAGUUCGCUAGAUUAGUGAGUAGUAUGUUGUUUGGAAACUUAUGAUGGGGAUCAUAAAUAGUUAGUUUUCAG